CACACUUUCUCUCAGUUUCCCGACUCACCCGGUUGCACAAAGUCGUCCGUGGACUUCCAUUCGCUUUUCCGAGUAAGAACGCCCUUUCUUUCGCCACUCCGGUUUCUCGCAUUGCGAGACAAGAAAAAGAGACACGUGUGUGCUUGGCCUUUCCUGCACGCUGAACAGAGCUAACAAACGCGACCUUCUCUAUUAGCGGUUUUCCCCCCGUUGUUGGGAUCUGAGUCAGAUUUCAUUUUUCUUUUUCUCUUCUCCUAAGCCUGCUUUCGAAGUCAAGUCUUACCAUGAAACUGGCACACCACAUCUAUCGAGACAUCCGCAGUCGCGGAGCUCUCGCUGUCCUCGGGACUGCAUCACUGCUGGCUCCCAGAUUCCUGCGGCACCUCAUCGCCUCCUUCUUCCAGUUUUUGCAGACUCGCAUCCCCUUCGUCUGGCCGUUCGUAAACUGGAUUUCUUUGUGGCUGGUCGACGUCCUCAGACUCUUCUCCGGCUACUUUGCAGCUUCGGGGUUAGAGAGAUGCAAACGACCGCAGAUACCUCUGCGACUCUACGAAUUCGAAGGCUGUCCGUUUUGCCGGAAGGUUCGCGAGACCCUGAGCGUCUUGGCACUCGAGUGCGACAUCUUCCCUUGUCCAAGAGAGACAUUGCAGAUUGCGGGGUACUGCAGGAAUUCCAGGUAUCGUCCAGCCGUCAAGGCCGCAGGCGGGGCACUCAUGUUCCCCUACUUGGAAGACCCGAACACGGACAUCCGCAUGUAUCAGUCAGACGAGAUCAUCAAGUAUCUGUGGCGGGAGUAUGGCGCCAGUGCUCGGGCGCCUCUGAACUACCGGCUUGCAAAGAUUGGAGUCAUUGAAAUGCUCUCGCUUCCUCUGACUACAUUCUGUCGCCCGAUGAUGACAGCUGGAAUUCUCCGCAUUCCGUCUGAACUCCCUAAGAAGCCUCUGGAGCUGUGGGGUUGCGAGGCCUCCGCCCCCUCAAGACGCGUUCGCGAAGUCCUUACUUCCCUAGAACUCCCCUACAGACUGCACACGACGGCGAUAGGAAGCGGGAGAAUGCGCCCCUCUCCUGUUGGAAAGACACGAUCGUGGCCAUCGGCCUUCCCAGCUAACUGCUUCGGCAUCGCCUGCUACGCCUCAGCUGUUCCCACCUAUCUGAGGGAUCCAAACACAGACACCGAGAUAGGAAGCUCUGCAGCCAUUGUCCAGUAUCUGCUCGAGACUUACCAACGAGGCGCACCACCCCAGGAGACCUGGAUGAUGUACGGCAAGAAAAAUCCCUCUGAUUGAAGGAGCAUUUGGACGCCCGGCCCGUCGAGUUUCAUUUUGUGUUUCGCUUCAAGAUCAAAUCAAAACUUAUCAAUGUGCGAACAGCCCCAGGCAAAAUGCCUUUUUUUGCCCCAGUAUGGGGAAAGGAACGGAAGCGAAUGCACUUUGGAGGAAAAUCAGAAGAGGCACUUUUCCCUUUGCUGUCUACUCGGGAGUGUGCAAAACAGCAGUGCUGAGGCAGUGUCUGCCUCUGCUUCUAUUCUUUUAUGCGUAUAUUUUCUAGACAUGUAUAUUAAUAUAGUUAAUUAACGUAUUCGUAUACGCGCGACACAGUCUAUACCUUGCCCCGUUGGAGAACGAUGCGUGUGAACUGCACCAUCAAUAUAUUCCGUCCAGGACGGGGUGUAUGCUUGGUGAACGAUUUGUGGGAUCGCAUUUUAAUCGGAAACACGCUGUUCUAUCUUCUUAACUAGAUGCUCUCUCUGCAUAUAAAUAAGUAUUCGGUUGCAUGCUCAAAUUCCGUAGAAACAGCUCAACAGGCCAUAUCAUAACUUCCCUCUUUUUUCACUUUCUUCUGGGUAUACGGUGCUCCGUGUGGUGCAUGCAACUCGGCUUCAGAGGCAGCCGCCCCAUUUCUGUUUGCUCUUUUCUGCACAAAGGACAACGCAUCCGUGAGCGAGAUUCUUUUUUUCUUCGCCUCCAACGUUUUGUCAGUUGUGCUCUUGCCUGUCUUGUUUCUGUUCACUUUGCGGUGGCCACAAGCCCCCAUCGUGCCAUGUAUCUAAUAACCGCUGGCUGCCUCGUGACUGUUCCCAUGUGCCUUGAAGUGUGGAAACGCUGGCGACAGAGUUCUUGCAGCUGCCGUUCUAUGUGUAGACACAUGGCGUUUCGAUCCUUAAGACAGGGGCCUCUGCUGGCGCGUCUCUCUGGAUAUCUCGACAUUUUUCGCCGUCUGCAUGCGCUAGCCACGUGCUUCGUCGCCGGCGGGGGGUGGGGGGUGGCGGUGGGGGCAUUCGUGCUCCACGCUGUUCAAAACUUUGAGUGAGACGCCUUACAGAAAAGGCGGAACAAUCAAAGGCAACAAAGAUGCGUUUUCAGAGGUGUCGAAAAGAGCGCUCUCGCCUUGGACCGAGAUGGGAUGGUUUCCCGUUCAGG